GUUAAGCCUAAAAAAAGAUUAACCGAUUUUCACUAUUAAACUAAUCAUCAGACAUAUGUGACUCUCUAGUGAUGCUGUUAAUUGUGAUAUAGAAAUAGUAAAAUUGAUUAGUCAACAAUUAAAAAUGAAACCAUUCAAUAAGAUCAACGGUUAUCGGUUACGACCAAUGAAACCAAUCAUGUCAACACCAACAACAACAAUCAAUAUAUUAGAUGAAGAUGAUGAAGAUGAGAUUUGUGAUGAUGAUGAAGAUGAAGAGGGAGAUGAUAAUGAUAAUGAUAAUGAAGAUAUUGAUGAAGAAAAUGCUUUAUUAUUUGAAGAUGAUGCUAAAAACGGUAAUGUGAAAACCAAUCGAUCGAAAAAGUUAAUUAAUCGAAAAAAAUGUUCUCUCUCAUUUAAAUGUCUCUCUAAAUCAUCUGAUCGCCGUCGUGUUAACCUUUCAUCUCUAAAUAGUAAUGACAGUUCAUUAGAUGAUAACGGUGAUUGUGAUUCUACUCUAACAAUUGGUAAAAUUAAGAUAAUUAAACCAGUUCGACGAAAACAGCGAGUUCGUCUUAAAUUGUGUUCCAUUUGUUUUACUUUAAUCAUUUUGUUAAUUUCGAUUUUCCUUUUUGUUUACCUUCUUUACACUAAUCAAUUAAAUGUUGUACUCAACCUUUUGAUUAAGCUAAUUACGAUGAUAGUACCUUCUUCACUGUUAACAGCAUCCUCAUCAUCUUCACAAUUAACUAAUCAUCGACCUUUAUGUGAUCAAAUUAGUGUUAAUCAUCAAUGGAAUCAAACUUUUCCAAUGUUAACUAUUGAAUCUGCAUUAAGAUUAAUUGAUGUUAAUCAAGAUGAUUUUCUUGAUACAAUCAUCGCCUUCGGUACAGGAGCUGAUGUUGCUUCUUACCCACCGGUGGUUUGUCAGGUUUAUUUUAACCUGACGGAGGAUCAAUCACGACAAGGAUGUGGAGGAGGUUUAAUGGCUCUUGAUGGUAAAACAGGUAAACUCAUUUGGAAUCAAUAUACAAGACAUGAACUAUUUGCAGUUAAUUGUGAAUUAGAUGUUACCGGAGAUUCAAUUAAAGACUGUAUUUGUGGUGGUCGAAUGGCGUCAAUGUAUGCAAUUAACGGAGCCUCUGGUGAAAUAAUUUGGUCCUACCUUGAUUACGAGGAUGAAGCGAUUUGUGGUACAUCAAAUUUUUACACUCCCCUGUAUAUAUCAAAGGAUCUUGAUUCCGAUGGAUUAUCGGAUUUAGUUUUAUCUCAUGGUGGUGACCCUUUAAGGUCACCUCAUGAUGCGAACCGACUUGUGGCCAGAUUAAUGAUCGUCUCAUCGGGAACCGGUAAAAUAUUGAGUUGGGCAAAGGUUCCCGAUGGUGGGGAGAGUUACUAUUCACCGCAACAAUUAAUCCGACCUGAUGGAACUGAAUUAAUCUUGUUCGGUACCGGAGGUGAAACUCACCCUGGGUCACUUUGGAUUGUCCCGUUGGACAGUUUAAUCCAUGGGAAUAUGCAUAAGGCUCAUCCGAUUUACACUGAUUGUUGUAAAGGGAUUAUGGUUCCACCGGUUCUUGUUGAUAUAAAUAGUGAUUCAAUUCUUGAUAUAAUCAUGUCGCUAUUUAAUUCAACUGUAAUUGCUUUUGAUGGUCACACUUUUCAUAUUAUUUGGCAAUAUCAUUUCCCUGGAAGUGAAACUUACAGUUCACCGACAGUUGGUUAUUUUAAUGCUGAUCGAGUUCCCGAUUUUUUUGUUUCCUAUCAAUUUGGACCAGGAUUCCCAAUCUAUUAUUACUCUCAGGCAAAUGUAUUGGAUGGAUUAACAGGAAAACCUUUAUUAUCUCAACCGAUCUCAAUGUUAGUUGGAACUCAAUCUUCACCAUUGACAAUUAGCACCAAUGGUGCUAAUGAUAUUUUCCUCUUUUGGUUAUCAACUUGUGACAAUGUCAAUCAAUCAGUGACAAAUUUGGAGCCAUUUAAAGUGCUUCCAGGUACAACUGUUCAUCAAGCAUCUCGAGCUGAUUUCUGCUCAAUUAGAUUUAAUUCAACUCUUUACACUCAAUUAAUUGGAUUGACUCCCAAUGGUUCAAAUGUAAUUUAUGAUUCCAGAUUAAAUAAACAAUUAGAAAGUGUUUCAAUUGAUUAUGCAGCAAUAGGACAACAAUGGUUACAAGAACAUCAAUAUAAUCCAAUUGAUCAAGAUGAUCCAUAUGAUAGUUUAGCACAAUCAAUUGAUUUCCAGCAGCAGCAACAACAACAACAACCAUUAUCAUCAACCCAACAAUCAGUCAAUCCUUCAUCAAUUCUUGAUUAUGUACGAUCAGAACCAUUGGACUAUCAACAAGUUCCUGAUUUCCUGAAUAAUAAACAGAUAAAUCAAGAUCGAUUCCGUCGUCAUGUUGGAGUUCAUGAUGGUAAUGGUGUACAAAGAGUUAUAUCAACAGGUAAAUUGUUUCACAUAAAUUAUUCCACAACAAUUAACGACUUUAUUUGUUUCCAACAAUCAGGUACAUUAGCUCCAUCCAAAUCACCCAAUUCGAUUGAUUUAAUCUUCUCAACAUUCUGGUUUCCUCCAACGAAAGGAGUUAAUCGUAUCUCCAAAAAGAUGCAGAAUUGUUUAGAUAAAUAUCUUAAUCCUGAAAAGGAAAACAAAUUACGUCUUGGAAUUAAAUCAAGUUUAAAGGGAUUCGAUCACGAUGGUUAUGUUGAGAUAAUUGAAGAGACUUGUGCGAAAGCGGUUGGGAUUAAUUUAACGAAGAUUAAGGAAGAUUAUAAUCCAUAUAAUCGGCCGAUGGGAUCAAUGACUGUUUAUCGAAAAACGAUCAAGUGUAUCAACACAACGGCCUGGGUUCGUCCUUUUAAAGAGCAAAUUUGGCCCUCGUACAUGGGGAAGCAUGUUGAUUGUUUGGCUAAUUUGAUUCCUCUCGAUUAACUCAUCAGCUAAUUGAGAAUUAAUAUUCUCAAUUUAAUUGUAUAAUUAAAAGUUCUUCAAGGUCAACAA